AAAAUGCUGAACAUGGAAAGAUGUACCAUAAAAAGGACGCAGAUAGUUGAUGGCUUAAGAAUACCUUCCGCUUUCUCACCUGAGACAUUUCGAUCUGCACUAAAAUAUCAGCCCAGAGACGAUGACGUGUUCAUCGUGACUUUUCCGAAGUGUGGAACAACAUGGGCCCAGCAGAUUAUCACUCUCAUCUUUCGACAAGGUGUUCCAGCAUCUGCAGAAGAGAUGGGAGAAAUUACUCCAUUUUUAGAAUUAAAAGGUGCAAAAGCUGCGGAAGACAUGCCGAGACCAGGAGCCAUUAAAACUCACUUGCUCUACCAUUUAUGCCCAUGGUCAUCGAAAGCAAAAUAUAUUUUCAUCGCCAGGAACCCGAAGGAUUGUUGCGUUUCUUUCUAUCAUCAUAUGAGAAGUCACCGCUUCGAAGGCUCAUUCGACGAUUUUUUUGAAAUAUUUCUGUCCGGAGAGACCUUGUUUGGAGAUUAUUUUGAUCAUCUUCUUAGUUGGUAUCAGCACAGGAAUGAUCCGAAUGUUUUCUUCACAACCUAUGAAUACAUGAAAGUCGAUGUAAAAAGAGCCAUUCUCGAGAUGGCAUCGUUCCUUGACGAUAAACUAUACGCAGAGCCUUUGCGAUCUGGUGCUGAAAAACUUGAAAAAGUGGUUAAAUAUAGUAGUUUUGAAUACAUGAGCAGCAUCUACAACCAAACUGAGACUCAAUCCACAGACAUCCCGCAACAAUCCAAAACGAAAGUCAGUGAUGGGGAACAAAAAUGUAACAGCGAAAGUAAUACUAAUGGAGCAGACGACACAGAAAGGAUGAGGCCAAGAAAUUUCAUUCGCAAGGGAGUAACAGGUGAUUGGAAAAACUAUUUUUCUGACGAACAGAGUCGACGAUUAGACGAAAAAGCUGCUAUGCGACUGAACGACACUGAACUUCUAUUGCAGUGGAAGGAACAUACGCUGACAAUGGCAGAAACUCCAGGCGCUCCACUUUCACAAAUUGUGGAAGGUUUGCGGAUACCCGCAAUGUUUUCGGCGGAUGCCUUUCGUUCCGGUAUGCAUUACAAGCCCCGCAACGACGACGUCAUCAUCGUUACCUACCCAAAGUGCGGAACCACCUGGACUCAGCACAUAGUCGACCUGAUUUAUCGUCAUGGCGAGAAACCGACUUCUUCACUUGUCACACACGUGACACCUUUUCUGGAUGUUGCAGGUGCCGAAGGAGCCGAGAAAGUGCCACGCCCGGGACCAUUGAAGUGCCACUACCCUUUCCACAUGGUUCCAUGGUCUGAUGACGCCAAGUACAUCUACGUCACUAGGAACCCUAAAGAUGCCUGCGUCUCUUUCUAUCAUCACACGAAGAAUAUUCCUGGGCAUGCAUUUGCUGAAGAUUUCAACACCUUCUUCGAAAUUUUCAUUGCUGGAAAGGCUGACUAUGGAGAUUAUUUUGAUCAUCUUCUUGAGUGGUAUAAGCACAGGGACCUUCCGAACGUACUUUUUAUGACGUACGAAGAGAUGAAACAAGACAUUAAAGCAGCAAUUUUAAAAAUUGCUUCUUUUAUGGACGAUAAACUAUACGCCGAGCCCCUCCGUAAUGAUCCGGAAAAACUAGAAAAUGUUGUUAAGUACAGUAGCGUAAAGCACAUGAAGGAAACGGUGAAUAAAGCAAUGGAUGAAAUGUUUAACAUGCCAAAGGAAGAAAUAUUGAAAUCGAACAUGCCAGAGCCAAUGAAAAAGCUGAUAGCAUCUCAGAAGACCGACGAGAAACGAAAGCCUAAUCCAAGUAACUUUGUUCGUAAAGGAAUUGUGGGCGAUUGGCGCAACCACUUUUCCGAAGAACAAAGUAAACGCAUGGAUGAAAAAUUUGCUGAAAGAACAAAAGGCACUGAGAUUGCAAAUUGGUGGAAGGAAUAUAUGUAAGGUAGUCAAAGUUUUGCUGAGUGUAAUUAAUAAUUUUUAUUUAACGAAAAUCUCCAUACUCUUUCUAACAAUAAAGAUUAAAACUUUUUCUAUAUUA